UCUUAGCAACCGUGUGCAGCGUCGCGCGGAUCAGUUAUGCUAGGCUUAACGGAUCUCAAAUGAUAAGUAAUAGUAUUAGAUUAAUAAUAGUAAAGUAUAAUUGAAUAGUUUGUUAAUGUACAGGUUUAAAAUGGCGCCGAAAAAGAAAGGCGGCCUUCAGACUGUGCAGAAGGAAACGGAUGAGCUGGAGAGGAAGGUGGACAUGCUGGUGCAGGACUUUAACAGACUGGACGUCUCAGACAGAACCCAGACAUCACAGAGGUGUUCAGAUCUACAGAGCGCAGUGACAGAUGCACUAACAACGCUCCAGAAAUUAACCAAAGGAGAUGAAUGGGCUCCUGUAGGGAAUUACGAUCAGAGGAAGCGGCAGGAGGAGGAACGACUCAGGACUUUACAGAAGAAACUCAGAGCUCUUACAAUACAACCUCAGGAGGACAACUUGGCUGAGGAUGAGGAGGAUAGUGAGGAAGAAGAUGGCGAAGUGGAGGAGGAAGAUGCUGUGCUGGAUGAUGAUGAUGACGAUGAUGAUGAUGAUGAUGAUGAUGAUGAUGAAGGUGCAGACAGAAAGACAGUAACUGCUCAGAAGAGCGAUGUGUGUUAUGUGGCUCUCGGCUCUUUCAGAGGACAGGAGGAGGGAGACCUUACAGUCCAGAAAGGAACUGUUGUUAAAAUCCUGCAGAAGAGUGAUGAUGGAUGGUGGUACGCUCAGGACACAGAAGGAAACAAAGGCCUCGUCCCCAAAAACUACCUUAAGAAAAUGUCUACACGUGAUCGAGUGGCAGGAACCGAUGAUAAUGAUGAUGAUGAUGAUGAUGAUGCUGAAGAGAGUGAUGAAGUACAGGAGGAAGAGCAUGACCCUGCUGAUGGGAGACCAAGCACUUCAUCCAACUGGGAUACAGUGAGAAAAGCUGUGAGUGAGAUCGAUGCCACUGACGUGUUGUCGGCCAUGGGAGCCAUUCCUCCAGGCUUCAGACCCUCCACUCUGUCCAAACUGCUGGAGGAAGGGACGUCCUAUAGUGCCAGUCACUAUAUUCAGCCCAAACUCAGCCAAUCAGAGCUCAGUUUUAAAGAUCUUCAGCUGGACCCAGACACCGGCAAGGUUCUUGCACACCCAUCUCGAGUGUGUGUGACCGUGACUCUGUGGAGCUGUAGAAUGAUCCCGCCUCCAGGGGUGGGGCUGAGGGUCCUGAGCCGUCACAUACGUCUGUGUGCUUUUAAUGGAACUGAGGUGCUGAGUAAUAUCCACACUGUCAGAGCCUCCUACUCUCCCUCCAGCCCAAAGACCUGGAGCUUCUCCCCACGGAUGAGCGGUUUGCUGCCGGUUCUGUUAGAUGGAGGCUGUUUUUUUCGCUGUGAUUCUGACUCUCCUGAUGUGGGAAUCCUGUUCGAGCUAGGCGUCACCUACAUCAGAAACUCCACAGGAGAGAGAGGGGAUCUGAGCUGUGGUUGGGCUUUUCUUAAACUGUUUGAUGAAAAUGGAGCACUCAUACCUCUACGAACACAGGAGUUGGCUGUGCAUGGAGGUACUCCAUAUGAGGGAGUAGUUGAUACAUAUGGCAUGUCAUCUAAAAGAGGUGGUUCCACUGGUGUGCUUCAUCAGAUGCUGAUGUCCAGGAAACUUCCCAAACUCGUCAUUAAGCUCAGAUCCCCAAACACUCGCACCAGAGAGCAGCUCAGCUUGCUCCCUGCCACUAUUCUCGGCUGCAUGUCCAUAGUUCCCCUGCUGGUUCUGUACCGACAACUGCUCGCUGACACACUGCUACUGGACCGAGUCACCAUGCAGAAUGCAGAUCUGAUAUGCAGCUCGGUUCUAUCUACGUUCCCUGAGGUUCUCGAUCAGUCUGACCUGAUGGAUGCUUUCAGGAAAUCAUGGAUGGACUCAGAAAACAACCUGAAGAGGUCUGAAAAGAAGGAUGUAGCUGUACUGAAGAAGCUGUUUGAGAGUGUGUAUAUGAGCAGUGUGUGUGUGUGUGUGUGUGUGUGUGUGUGUGUGUUACAGAAGGAUGUAGCUGUACUGAAGAAGCUGUUUGAGAGUGUGUAUAUGAGCAGUGUGUGUGUGUGUGUGUGUGUGUGUGUGUGUGUGUGUGUGUUACAGAAGGAUGUAGCUGUACUGAAGAAGCUGUUUGAGAGUGUGUAUAUGAGCAGUGUGUGUGUGUGUGUGUGUGUGUGUGUGUGUUACAGAAGGAUGUAGCUGUACUGAAGAAGCUGUUUGAGAGUGUGUAUAUGAGCAGUGUGUGUGUGUGUGUGUGUGUGUGUGUGUGUUACAGAAGGAUGUAGCUGUACUGAAGAAGCUGUUUGAGAGUGUGUAUAUGAGCAGUGUGUGUGUGUGUGUGUGUGUGUGUGUGUGUGUGUGUUACAGAAGGAUGUAGCUGUACUGAAGAAGCUGUUUGAGAGUGUGUAUAUGAGCAGUGUGUGUGUGUGUGUGUGUGUGUGUGUGUGUGUGUUACAGAAGGAUGUAGCUGUACUGAAGAAGCUGUUUGAGAGUGUGUAUAUGAGCAGUGUGUGUGUGUGUGUGUGUGUGUGUGUGUGUUACAGAAGGAUGUAGCUGUACUGAAGAAGCUGUUUGAGAGUGUGUAUAUGAGCAGUGUGUGUGUGUGUGUGUGUGUGUGUGUGUGUGUGUGUGUGUGUUACAGAAGGAUGUAGCUGUACUGAAGAAGCUGUUUGAGAGUGUGUAUAUGAGCAGUGUGUGUGUGUGUGUGUGUGUGUGUGUGUGUGUGUGUGUUACAGAAGGAUGUAGCUGUACUGAAGAAGCUGUUUGAGAGUGUGUAUAUGAGCAGUGUGUGUGUGUGUGUGUGUGUGUGUGUUACAGAAGGAUGUAGCUGUACUGAAGAAGCUGUUGGAGAGUGUGUAUAUGAGCAGUGUGUGUGUGUGUGUGUGUGU